ACAGGACAAACAAUCUUUGUUGCUGUAACAUGGACACCCACAGAAGAAGGGAAAGUCAGAGAACUGGUAACUUUCGUUAUUAAUGGCAUUGUAAAGCAUCAAGCUGUGCUCCUGGGUGCUGCUGAGCAGCCUCUGAAGAAAAAAAAGAGGAGUCUUUGGGAUACUAUAAAAAAGAAAAACUCUUCAGAAACAUCUGCUUCAGUAAAAAUUAGGAAAAGUAAUUCAAAUGUUAAAGAUGUUAAUAAAACAUUUGAAGUCUCCCAGCAGGUGGAUAGACUUAGAAGCCCACUUCAGCCAUGUGAAAAUCAGAACACAAUGCAAAAUAGUAUGUCCCCAGGAAAUAACUCUCUUGUUGACUCAGAAAAUAAGUUGCCUGUAUCGCCUAUUGCACCAAUACUAGAGGAACUUCAUAAUACUGUUUGCACGCCACUUGCAAUGAGAAGAUCUACUACAUUCUUGGAUAUUGCUGCCACUGUAAAUGAGAAGUUAUUGCCUGAAAUAGACAGCUAUAAUGUCAAGAAAUUUGUUAAUGAGCACAAUGAGUUAAAAUCUGAAGUCAUGUACAGUUCUACUGGAUUAGCACAACUGCCAAUUUCAAACAAUGACGUAACUCUUAAUUGUACGCUCUCGCCAGUUUGUACCCCAGAACACUUGGCAUCUGUACCUGUUUUAAGUACAAGGAGAAUUUUAAGUCCCGAUUCUUUUGUAAAUAACAGUUAUCAAGUGGAUAUAAAUACAACUGAGCAACCUGUUCCAAUUCUGUCACCUGAUCAGUUUGUGAAAAACAGCUUGUCAGAUCACCAAUCAAAGACUCCUGAACUUGAGGCAGCUUUAAUAUCAUCUGCUACAGAGACUUAUGUUGUGAAGAAGUUCCUACCCUCAAAAUGGAAAAAAAAAGGAGACGUAGAGACAAAAACACACGUUCGUAUAGAACAGAACUUAAAUGAAGUCUUUGAGAUGCAUAAUGUAGAAUCACAGGUACUUCAUAAUGACAAGCCCAAAGAAAAUCACUUCAAUUUUUAUUCUACAGAGGAACUUCAGACUCGCAAUUCUCGGAGAGAGCAACCAAAAAAGCGCCCAGUUCUUUCUGCCACUGUCAUAAAAACUAAGAGUGGUGUCACUGAAGAAAAAAGAACGGAAACCUGCCAGCCAAAAUCUAAAAAAUGCCUUAGUAAAGCAAUAAUUGAAAGUGCUAAUGUGGUGCCUGUACAUACAAAAGCAGAAAUAUCUAAACAGCUUCCAGUUAUAGGCCCCAUUUCAGCUGAAAGUAAGUGUCACAGUGACAAAGUAAAUUCGUCGUCUUCUACUGGAUCAACUUCUUUGUGUCUUAAGAGGAAAAGUGAAAUAUAUGUAGAAAAUAAAGUUACAGCUCCGGUGUAUGUGGAAGAAGUGGAAAGAAAAAGAACUUGUACAGCUAGUGUGGACAGUAAAACACAUACUAUGAGACUGCCAGGCUUCAAACCCACAAACCGAGAGAGAGCAGGGCAGAGAAAGAAAGCUGGUUCUUCACUUCAGAAAGCAUCUAAAACUCCCAACAGAAGUGGAAAACUCAUCCCUGGGUUGGCCCAGUCUUUCCUGACGUUUGUGAAACCGCUGAAAACAGUCAUCCCUAGGCACCCAAUGCCUUUUGCUGCUAAAAACAUGUUUUAUGAUGAACGCUGGAAGGAGAAGCAGCAACGAGGUUUCACCUGGUGGUUAAAUUUUGUACUUACCCCUGAUGACUUCAGUGUAAAAACAAACACCUCGCAAGUAAAUGCAGCUGCUCUUAUCUUGGGAGGAGAGAACCAUCAUAAAACCAGUGUUCCUAAAGCACCAACGAAAGAUGAAGCAUCUCUCAAAGCUUAUACGGCUCAUCGUAAGCUGAAUAAGUUACGACGUGAUGCUUGCCAUUUGUUCACCUCUGAAACAAUGGUUAAAGCUAUUAAAAAGCUGGAACUUGAGAUUGAAACUAGACGUUUGCUUGUUCGUAGAGACAGACACCUCUGGAAAGAUUUGGGAGAGAGGCAGAAAGUCCUUAACUGGCUUUUAUCUUACAACCCUUUGUGGCUGCGUAUCGGUCUGGAGACUAUUUAUGGAGAACUGAUAGCUUUGGAGAGUAACAGCGAUGUUACGGGUUUAGCAGUAUUUAUCCUUAAUCGCUUGCUUUGGAACCCUGACAUUGCAGCUGAAUACAGACAUCCCACUGUGCCUCACCUUUACCGAGAAGGUCAUGAAGAAGCUUUGUCAAAAUUCACACUGAAAAAGUUGCUGUUGUUAGUUUGUUUUCUGGAUAGUGCCAAACAGUCCAGAAUGAUUGACCAUGACCCUUGUCUCUUUUGUAAAGAUGCCGAGUUCAAGGCUAGCAAAGACAUUCUGCUCGCGUUUUCUCGGAACUUCCUGAGUGGUGAAGGUGACCUUUCACGCCAUCUUGGUUUCUUAGGACUACCUGUCAGUCAUGUUCAAACUCCGCUUGAUGAAUUUGACUUUGCUGUAACAAAUCUGGCUGUGGACUUACAAUGUGGCGUUCGUCUUGUGAGAACAAUGGAACUUCUCACCAAAAACUGGAAUCUUUCAAAACAACUGAGAGUUCCUGCUCUAAGUCGUCUACAGAAAAUGCAUAAUGUGGACAUUGUUCUUAAUGUCCUUAAAGAGCAAGGAAUUAACUUGAAAGAUGAAAAUGGUAAGACCUACAAAUCAAGGGAUAUUGUGGAUAGACACAGAGAACGAACAUUAGCACUCCUGUGGAAAAUUGUUUUUGCCUUUCAGGUGGAUGUUUUUCUUAAUGUGGAACAGUUAAAAGAAGAAAUUGAGCUUUUAAAGAAUGCACACAAAAGAAAAAGACAAUUGGGUGCUCUCAAGACUUUUACAACACAUUGUAGAGUACAAGAAGGUAAUAGUAGCAACUCCUCACCUCAGUGUUACAAGGAAAAUGUGAAGCUGCUGAUGGCAUGGGUGAAUGCUGUUUGUGGAUUUUACAAUAUCAAGGUGGAAAAUUUCACAGUGUGUUUCUCAGAUGGUAGAGUAUUAUGUCAUUUGAUUCAUCAUUAUCAUCCAUGUUAUGUGCCUUUGGAAGCUGUGUGCCAACGUACAACUCAAACAGUAGAACGCUCAAGAACUUAUGCAGUGGGACUAAACUCUUCCUCCUCUUCAGAGUCUGAUACUUCUCUAAAUGUUAUAGAAGGAAUAUUUGACCAAACUGUAACUGCUUCAGACCUAUACAAGGAACUCUUGGAAAAUGAAAGGAAAAACUUCCAGCUGAUCAAUAACGCAGUUGCUGACCUAGGUGGAAUACCUGCAAUGAUUCAUCACUCAGACAUGUCAAGUACAAUUCCUGAUGAGA